CCCGCGGUCAAUCUGAGGUGUUGUGAUGAGGGUGAAGUGUAGGCAGGGAUUGACUGUACGCUCUUUCGCCUUAUUUUUAUGCCCUUUAGCUUAACUCACUCCAUAUUUGACGACCCUUGAAGACACCAGCGGUUUAUAUGACCUUCCCAUUAUAACAUUAGUGAAAAUGGAGGCUGAAGUGUUAGCACUAAAGUGGAACAACCAUCAGAGUAUUUUUUACCACAUCAUCAGUGGGUUGCGGACAAAGGGUAGCUACACUGAUGUAACCCUGGCAUGUGAGGGCAAGUUCUACCCCGUCCAUAAACUGGUUCUAUCAACUUGUAGUGAAUACUUUAGUGACAUUUUUGACCGCACACCAUGCAAAAACCCGGUUGUAGUUCUUAAGGACAUACAGUGUCGUGAUUUAGAGUUCUUGCUAGACUAUAUGUACAUAGGCGAAGUGAACGUGAGACAGAAUGAACUCUCGUCCCUCAUAAAAGCUGCCGAGUGUCUCAGAGUGAAAGGAUUGGCUGUGCCAGAUGAAGAACCUAAGCAGGCAGCAGCGGCCACUACCAAUACCACCAACAACAACAAUAGCAGUGGGUUUUCUGGGACGAGGCAGCGGCCAGUGGUUGGUGAACGCAGCAGUAGCCCCCCAGCCAAGAGGCGAAAGGGGGAAGAGCGGCGAUCUAGCAACCCUCCCCCGGAAGUUGAGCCGAGCACUGUGGUGCCGCACGUCGACCGACCCCUGGAAGACAAGCCUAGCGAUGAGCCGUGCUUACCUCAACCCCCACAGGAGUCAGAAGUGGCAGCCGGUGAGGCAGAAGGAGAAGCUAUGGAGCCGCCACCACUACCUCACAUAAAAAUAGAACAGGACCUCGAAUACCAGGAUAACUACGACAUCCCCUUGAACUCCAACCCUUCAAGCUUUGACGGCGAGCCUUAUGCAGCAGAGUCUGAGGAUGGAGUUCGGACAAAGGUGGAAGGAAAAGACAAUGGAAAUGUUAUGGACGAUGACUUAGGAGCUAAUUUCUCUGACAUGCUACAGUCAACUCUUACAAGUGAAGAAAACAUGGAACAUCACUCAGGAAUCCAUCCACAUGUAAAUUUAGAGUCAUGGGAUGGUGUAUCGGGUGCGAGACCUCUGCCGGGACACAACCUAUCGGCUGCAACCGUUUCCCACACUCCCUUGGCACACCACCAACAACAGAAGGCUGCUGUGGCUGCUCUGGGCCUCCUACACUCCGCGGGUGAUACGCAGCCAGCGCUCCGCCUCCUUCACCAACAGCAUGGCAGUGCCGCCGGCCCACCCUUUACGUCACAACAGAAUGCAAUGGUAGGGGAAGGAGGAAUGUUGUCAGAGGAGUUCUUUGGAAAGAAGGACAAGCUGCAGCGAGAGUAUGUAUGCCAAUACUGCGGCCGAGAGUUCAGUCACAGGACAAAUUUGCAGGCCCACUUGCGAAUACACACCGGUGAGAAGCCAUUCCAUUGCCUUUACUGCCCCUACCGCACUGCGCUGAAAGGGAACCUCAAAAUGCAUACCAUCUCACGACACAAAGCCGACUGGAAAACCAUCAAGCACUUAGUUCGGCCCAUGAGCGAAGAAAACUCAAGUUGAACUCUGCCUGUGGGUGAGCAUUGCUUGCAGUAAGGCUUGGUCACAGUUCUGUUAUGCCAGAUUCUAGUUUACUGUAUAUAAAAAUAUUACUGGAAAAAAUAGAUGAAUAAGAAAAGAAAUAAAAAAGGAACAAAAAAAAGUUUGAAAUGUGUGCUUUGUGUUCUGUGUUACAAGAGAGAUUAAAAUUCCCGUGAAAUUAUACAUUCUGAAAUGUUGGACAUUACUCGGAAAGUGAUUAUGUGACAUAUAAUACAUCUAUAAAAUCUGAAUAAAAGAAAAAAGAAUUAUGAGCAUCAAUGAAUUUUAUGUAACUAAUGAUUACUACAUGAUCUCAUGAUACUUCUUCAAGAACUAUGAAAUUCUAAGAGUGCUUUGGAUCGUAAGAAGUAGAACAGUAUAGAAAAGAUGUACACUAGAAAAGUAGCAUUACACUUAUAAUUAUACCUUUUUUGCAUUGUGAUCUGAUGAGUAGAUCUGUAAAUGGUAAACAGAUUUUGUCAAAUGUUAAGAUACUUUAGAUGAAAUACAGAGAG